AUCGUUAUUUUUAAUGUCUUUUGCGUCCAAAACAAGUUGUCUCUUCUCAACUCCCCUCCGCUUCAUCCAUUUAUUUUUUUUCUUAUUUCUAUAAAUACUCCAAAACACACGUUAUAGGGUAGUAGAAAUGAAAGCAGCAGGGUUGGUGGCAGUGUUUGCAGUUUCAGGAAGUGUAGUUUUCAUUGCACACCAACUCCACAAACGUCUCCUCUCAGAUUUCAUGAAGAAGAUUGAAUUUGAAUUGUGUGGAAGCAGAAAAUAUGAACAAAAGAAAAGGGUUGGGUUUGCAGACGAUGUGAUGAGGGUGCCAUCAUCCAAUAACAAAGAAUACUGCAACAUGAACCAUAGCCUCAGCCUGCCAAAGCUGCAGGGUAAUAAAGCAGCUGGUGAAGAUGAUCGUCAGACUGAUCAGGCUCAGGCUCAGCAGCUCCUGGAAAUGUCAAAUUCCAUGCCCCUCAAUAGGCAGGUUUUAUACAAAGGAAUUCUUCAAUAUAAAACCCGCCAUAUUUGAAACUUCCUUUUCCUUUCUUGUUCUUUAGGAGAUCAAAUAGAAGUUAGUACAACUUCUUCUUUAUUGUUGAGUAGGAGAUGAAGUUUUGAUUUUAGCAGUAGGGGAAGUUCUCUUUCCAUCUAAACAUUCUCUUUUCUUUUUUCUUUGGUGUGUUCAGUUUUCAUGCUUAAAUUAUCUUUGAAUUAUUCAAUUUUUUUCAUCUCUAAGAAAAAAGGGCACCCUCUGGAAAUGGACAAUGAUUGAAACUCUCUUGUUUCUUUGACUAAAA